CAGUGGCCGCAUAGUUUUGGCUUGUUUGUCGAUUGGACAGCUUAUCCGUGCCAAUACCAACGUGGUUGUACUAGACUCGAAUCCUCACGAUGUGGACAGCUUGCGGCAUGUGCGGAUGUCAAAGCGAUGACAAUUGCUGGAGUUGCUGCGAUGUUGCUGCUGAAGAAUUCGAUGAAGGGAGCUAUUGCGAUGGUUGCGCCAUUGAGAAGAUCAAGAAAACAAAAUGCGACAGAUGCGAUAGAGAAUUUUGUUUUGACCAUGGCCGUUAUCAUAAAUGCUGUGGAUUGAAUAUCUGUGGAGAUGAUUAUGCUUGCGCAGAAAAGCAUGAGACCAAGACCAACAAAAAGUGUGGCCACAAGACCUGCACCUUCCACAAGGGAUGCCGCACCUGCAAACUCCAAAAGGAGAAGAUCAAGGAGGACGUUUUAAAGGUAGAGGAUAAGAAUCUGGUCCAAGAUAUGUUGAAGAAAGUUAAGAGCAAGGAGCUAAAAAGCAGCCUCCGGGAAUGGAUGAAGAGUCUCCCUAAAAAGAAAAAGACAGGUGCCAAGAAGACGAUGGCGAAAAAGAAUGUUUGCUCUAAAGCCAGCCGAAAGAAUGCACGCGUGACAAAGAAGUAGAGACUCGACGGUCACUCGUAGGUAGCAGGACAUCGCACCCAACGCCGUGCUUAAUGGAGAAGUAUGCGGUACUGUUCCCUUUUAGCAAAACUAAUGAAGUUGCACGUUGCAGCAAAAUACUCGACACUGUUCUACUCUGU